CGCAGGCGCUGUGAGAGGCGGUAGCGGCGGCGGCGGCGGUAGCGGCGGCAGCUGUGAGGGGGUUCCAGGAAGAUGGUGCUCAUUAAGGAAUUCCGUGUGGUCUUGCCAUGUUCAGUCCAGGAGUAUCAGGUUGGACAGCUUUACUCUGUUGCAGAAGCUAGUAAGAAUGAGACUGGUGGUGGAGAAGGAAUUGAAGUCUUAAAGAAUGAACCUUAUGAGAAAGAUGGAGAAAAGGGACAAUAUACACAUAAAAUUUACCACCUGAAGAGCAAAGUUCCUGCCUUCGUGAGGAUGAUUGCUCCUGAGGGUUCCUUGGUGUUUCAUGAAAAAGCCUGGAACGCCUACCCCUACUGUAGAACAAUUGUAACGAAUGAAUAUAUGAAAGAUGAUUUCUUCAUUAAAAUUGAAACAUGGCACAAACCAGACUUGGGAACAUUAGAAAACGUACAUGGCUUAGAUCCAAACACGUGGAAAACAGUUGAAAUUGUCCACAUAGAUAUUGCAGAUCGAAGUCAGGUUGAACCAGCAGACUACAAAGCUGAUGAAGAUCCAGCAUUAUUCCAGUCAGUCAAGACCAAGAGAGGCCCUUUGGGACCCAACUGGAAGAAGGAGCUGGCAAACAAGCCUGACUGUCCUCAGAUGUGUGCCUAUAAGCUGGUGACCAUCAAGUUCAAGUGGUGGGGGCUGCAAAGCAAAGUAGAGAACUUCAUUCAGAAGCAAGAAAAAAGGAUAUUUACAAACUUUCAUCGCCAGCUGUUUUGUUGGAUUGACAAGUGGAUUGAUCUGACAAUGGAAGACAUUAGGAGAAUGGAAGAUGAAACUCAAAAAGAACUAGAAACAAUGCGUAAGAAGGGUUCCGUCCGAGGCACGUCGGCUGCUGAUGUCUAGAUGAGUCCCCUGUAGGGUCAGAGACAAAAUCAAACUGUUUACGCAAUCAAGGUCAAGUGAGGGGAACAAGUGCAGCCAGUGACGAGUGAAGAGGAAUCUGACCAGAGUCUCGCAGUGUCGGCGUCUGCCAGACGUGGGCUGGUGAUGUUCGCACACGCACAGGUUCCCAGCCACGUGUGUAUAUGUAUGUGUGUGCGUGUGUCUGUAGCUGUCUAUAGGACGCAUGUAGAGCUACAGCCCACAGGCACGCACUUGUGUAUAUGUACAUACAGAAUACUGAAGGGAUUAGCCCAGUGUCUCCAAAGUACUGUACCUAUCUUCAGCGAGAAUGCAAGAGAAAAUAUUUUCAAUAUAUAUACCUGGAACAGAUUUUAAUAAUAAUUAUCAGAGUAAUACCAUUAAUGGACAGAUUGACUGCAAUGUAAUACUAGCUGGUAUGUUUCAUAAAUGUCAAGUUGUGGACCAAUAUAUAUAGCCUUUUCUUACUUUUCUGUUCUUUUAAAUGAAUAUCCUAUAAAUUUUUAUUUUAAUCCCAUAAUCAACAGACUCCCACAGUAAAAUAUCUUUGAAAUUUUUUGGUAUUCCAAUGAGUCUAGACUAUAAACUCUGAAUGUAUUUAUAACUAUUUAUUUCUGGAUGGUCAUUAACUUACAGCCAAAUUUGACAAAGUCUAUUAAGUGAGGAGUAAAGUUACAGGCCAGUUUUUACUUGUUUUCCCUAAGGGGAAAGUCCUUUUAAAAAAAAAAUGCCCGGUUUUUAUUGGAGUUUUGUAUUUUACAUUUCAAGUAUUUUUCUACACCAAACCUAGCAAAAAAUGGAGAUUAUGGUUUGUGAUUUAUAAUAAACAGUAGACAGUUCGUAGGUUCCUGCUAGGCAAACAAAGAAAUCGAUGAGAAAAUGUAUCUUAAUGGUAUGGUAGGCCCUGUAGGAAAGUCGGCGUUAGAGCACGUGAGGGGGUCUCGCUCCUGUAGUGUCAGUUCUCUGGAGCUGCGUGGGAGCCCUGCAGGUGCUCGGGGCCCUCACACGAUGCAGUGUGCUGAAGCCCGCUUCCAGCGGGCACCGUGUCAGCCACGGCGUGGGGCCUGCCUGCCUGGGGUCGGGAGGCCCCCACGGGCCGUGCACCUCCAGCCUGGGGCUGUGCUCUCACGUCGGCCGUCGUGGAACAGACCCUGCACAGGCAGCCUGAGGACGCUCACUAGAAGCCACUGCCACUCUUUCCAUUUUUAUUUUUUUUAAGGCAGGCACAGUGCCUAGGUAAGAUUUGUAUCAGCUUUCUCUGUCCGGGUUCAGUUUUUCUCCUGUCAGUCCUGGAAGCUUGAGUCGAAUGAUGAUGUUGAAGCCUUCAGGUCACAAACUGUCUUCUGUAACCUCCCGUGCCUCCUGAGACACACCACACCCUGCAAUCAGAUCCCACUGGCAGCCAGCCUCGCCCACAGUCUCGUCUCCUUGCGCGGCCUGUGUCCCCCUGGAGGGACAGCUGGGAGUCAGACAAGGACCCUGUUGUCCUCCUCCAGGAAGGCCGCCGCACUUCACAUCCUCCGUGCACUCAGGAUGAAGCCGCAGGCGUGCUCUCUGGGCACUGAUGGAAGAUGGGUUCCGUCAGCGCGUAGUCGUCGUCUGCAGAGGUUUGCGCGAGGGAGGUCAUUGCUGGUUUGUGAAGAGUCUAGCCCUCUCCUUCUCAUGAACUUAACUCUCACUGGCGUCUGUAGGAUCGUUGGGAGCCUGGGCGCACAUGCAAAUGAGAGCCCGGCACAUGGAUUUUAAUGUUUUCCUAACAACUGUGGAGACUUGAGGGAAUGUGUGGUGAACGUAAAAUACCUAGUUUACUUGGCAGUCUCUUGUGUAAAUUACAGUAAAACAAAGUAAAUGAAAUUUAAACAGAAAAUAAAUUUCACAGAA